UCAGUUGUUUGAAAAGAUAACGUUCAGAACGUGAGUAAUCGUUACCUGAAAACUAAACACUGUUACUUCAGACCAAUGAUUAAUUAUCAAGUCUCUUGUUUUUGAAAAUUAUUUAAAAAAUACAACAUUUUUUUUUUAAUAUUUAAAUACAAUUCAAUAAUAUAAGCGUUCAUUUGUAAAAAAAAUUGGAGCACUGGUGUUUUUAUUUAAUGUUUUUUAAACUCUUAAGGAAGUGUUAACACUUGUUGAUUGUUAACUCUGUAAUGGUAACAAUGAAGACAUAAUAAAUAACUUAGUCAGCAAGUAAGUAGACUAUAUAAAUAAAUUUUCAUGUCAGCGCGUUUUCAUUUUCAAGGAAAAAUUUUUUAAAACCAUCGAAAAAUCACGAUCCUGAACUGUCAAGUUUUCGUGAAUGGGAAAAUUAAUAAAGAGUAAAAAAUUUCAAAAAAUGAGUAGUGCACUUGCGCAUAAGAAAUUAUUUAUCGUAAAUUAUUUUUGAAAUUCCAUAUGGAAAAAAUGAAGCGAAAAUUUGGAAUUAUUUGUGGACUGAGUGGGAUAUUAUGUUUACUGUGGGUUUUUUUCAAUAAUAUCAGUAACGGAAGUGUCAUUAAUGAGGGCGUACUUAAUAUCGAAGAAAAAUUAAUUAUUAAUAAAGAAAUUUUCUGUUACUUUGAUCCAUCGAGAACAGAUUCCAUAGAACCGUUCAAUGAAAAAGACAUAACUGGAGACAAUAAUAUAUUUUUUAUUGAAACUUCUUGCUUUGGAGAUGGAGGAAUAGUUCUGGAUGCAAGACAAUGUUGUUCUAUUGAAUCAGCAGCGAAGAUGAAUCCAAAAAUGAAAAUUUAUCUGUUGAUUUUGAGUCCUUCGAAUUUUGCGCCGAGUACUCAAAAAUUGCUGACCCACUUGGAACAGUAUAAAAAUAUUGUCAUCAGAAGAAUUUUUAUGGGGGAUUAUGUUAAAAAUUCGCCAUUGGAAGACUGGUGGGCUAGCGGUAAAUUCAAAACUAGCAAUUGGCCGAAACAUCACAUGUCUGAUGUCCUCCGUUUUUUGACACUUUGGAAAAUCCCUGGGAUUUAUAUGGAUCUCGACGUUGUCACACUUUCGUCAUUUGAAAAUUUGAGAGAUUUUGUGGGAGCUGAGGACUUGGACACAAUCGCAUCCUGCGUAAUGAGUUUCGGGAGUAGUGAAAUUGGUCGUAAAAUAGCAGAUGCUUGUAUAGAUGAUUUAAAAAAUAAUUUUCGAGGUGAUAUUUGGAGAAAUAAUGGGCCCGAUGUCAUCACGAGAAUUCUUCAUAAAAUAUGUCAAGCUGAUGCCAUUGCAAAUAUGAUAGAUAGUUGCCAUGGAUUCACGAUAUUUUCACCAUGGGAAUUUACUCCAAUUUACUAUAGCAAUUGGAAAAAAUAUUUCGAAGUAAAAGACAAAGAUGAAACAUUAAAAUUGAUAAAUGAUUCAUUAGCUAUUCAUACUUGGAAUAAAUUGAGUCAUUCUGAGCCGAUCAAAGUCGGAAGUCCAGUUCCUUAUGGGAUUAUUGCUAAUCAGUAUUGUCCGAAAAUUUACAACAAUUGCGGCUCGUGGUUCUAAUAUUUAUUAAUUAACUUUGCAUAAAAAAUAUUUAAGUAUUUAUUGAAAAUCAUUAUUCUUAAGACAAAGAUAAAUUAUUUUGAAUGAAUGUGUCAGUGGCCUCAGCUUGCACUCUUAAAAUUUUUAAUCUUUCUUCAAACUAAGAGACUUAGAUACAAUUAAAUACUUUUUAUUUUUACAAGACUAAAGACAGUGAUAAAAAUAUUUUAACCGAAAUUUUCAUCACUUUUUAUGAUAAAUUAUCUGACAGAAAAAUAAAUAAUUGAUUAUCACUUACCUUUAAUUUAUUAUUUCCAGCUUAAUUAC